AUGGUGAGAUACCAAAUUCUUUUUCUCUUCUUACAAAUUUGAUUCAUUUGGAUUUAGCUUUUAAUCAAUUAUAUGGUGAGAUACCGAAUUCUUUUUCUCUUCUUACAAAUUUGAUUCAUUUGGAUUUAUUAAAUAAUCCAUUACCUGGUGAAAUACCAAAAUUUUUUUCUCUUCUUACAAAUUUGAUUCAUUUGGGUUUAUCAAAUAAUUAAUUACAUGGUGAGAUACCAAAUUCUUUUUCUCUUCUUACAAAUUUGAUUCAUUUGGAUUUAUCAAAUAAUCAAUUACAUGGUGAGAUACCAAUUUCUUUUUCUCUUCUUAUAAACUUGACGUACUUAAGUCUCUGUCAAAACAACUUACAAGGUUUCAUACCAGAGUUUAUUGGAGAUUUAUCUAAGUUAGAAGAACUUCAUAUUUGGGGAAAUAACUUUACAGGAAGUAUUCCACAUAAGUUGGGGACGAAUGGGAAAUUGAGCUACCUAAAUGUUUCUUCAAAUAAGCUUAGUGGUCCAAUCCCUGAGAGUUUAGGGAGUUGUAAGAAACUAUAUUUUCUAAAUUUGAAUGAUAAUCAACUCACGGGUCAGUUACCUGUCAACAUUGAAAAGCUUACGAGUAUUAGUUAUUUGUCGGUUGCCAACAAUAACUUGAUUGGAAAAAUCACACCACAGAUUACAGGUACACUAAUCUUUAGCAAUGCCUAUCUAAAUUGCAUCUUCCAAAAUAGUUCGCCAUUGCAUACAUUAAUACUUCCAACUGUUAAAUUAUUAUUUUUCUUUUUGAAUUCGCUUGUCACUAAUAAAAAUAUAUUUCUUUUAUUAUUAAGGUUUUUCAUAUUUGCUUUUUUUUUAUAACAUCGAUUAAUGUUACCAAUAAAAAUAUAUAAAACAAGUUCUAUCGAGUUAUCUUUAAUGUAUUACUUUGAUUUUUGAUAUUUAGAAAUAAUAUAUUGAGACGAAUCAAUCAACAUCCCACAUAAAUAUUCUAAAAUUUGUAAAUUUAUUUGAGAAUAACAUAUGAAAACGGGGGGAGUAAUAAAUAGGGUGGCAAAUCAGAAUAUUUUUUUUAAAAAUAAAAUCCAAAAUUUCAAAUCUUAAUCCAAAUGUUUCCAAUAUUCAUCCAAGUCAAAUAUUUUUUGUAACCAUUUAUAGAAAGCAAUAUUCACUCUAAACUAAUUUCUAACUUUUUUAAGAAGUCGUGUGGUGAAAUUUAUUUUUUUCUUUUCAAAAAAGAUUAAAUUUCUUGGUAGAAUAUUCUUUUACUAUGAUGUAUUUAUACAUUAUUAUAUGAAGCUACAACUUUUUCUAAAUUCUUUCAUAUUUGUCAUGCAUUCCAGGAUACAAUGUCACGAAUUUUAAAAACUCUUCUAUCUGCAACUUGGUUAAUCUUCUAAUCCUUGAUUUAUCUUAUAACAAGUUUAAUGGAGAAGUUCCUCAUUGCUUGGGCAAUGUUAGUACUAACUUAGUUGUAUUAAAUCUCCAAUCAAAUAAUUUCAAGGGCAUCAUUCCAUUAACAUUUUCUACUUGUGAUUUAUUGGAAUAUGUAGAUUUCACUGACAAUCAGUUAGAAGGAGCUAUACCUAGGUCUUUAUCUAAAUGUAGAAACUUGAAAGUCCUAAAUUUGGGGAACAACAAAUUCAAAGAUGUAUUCCCCUAUUGGUUAGGUAGCCUUCCGUAUCUAGAGGUUCUCAGCCUACCCUUUAAUAAAUUUCAUGGUGAUAUAACCAACAAUUUAUCAAAGAUUGCAACAUUUUCUUUUUCAAAUCUACAUAUUCUCGACCUUUCAAACAAUAACUUCUGUGGUAAGUUGCCCUUCAUGUACAUCAAACAAUUUCGUUCCAUGAUGGAUAUCAACAAGUCUACUAUAGGAAAUCCAAGGUACUUAGAAAAUGAAUUUCUUGGUUUUAUGUAUACGUACUCCAUCAAGAUGACGGUAAAAGGGAUGGAACUGGAUUAUAAGAAGAUAAUUAUUUCUAUGUCAACAUUUGAUAUGUCUAAUAAUCACUUUGAAGGAGAGAUUCCAAAUUCUAUAGGGAUGUUGCGAGCACUUCGAAAUCUUAAUCUCUCGCAUAACCUACUUACCGGAAACAUCCCUCCAUCCAUCGGGAACUUAUCAUCGUUGGAUGGUUUAGACCUAUCAUCAAAUAGGCUUAUCGGUGAAAUCCCUCAAGAACUUGUUAGUUUAACAUUUCUUGAGGUUUUUAAUGUUUCAUAUAAUCAACUGGAAGGGCCUAUACCCCAUGGUAACAAUUUUGAUACCUUCUCAUCUGAUUCGUACGAGGGAAAUCUUGAAUUGUGUGGAGCACCAUUACUUGAAUGCAAAAACAAUACUGUUGUGCAAUCUUUGAACAAUGAUAAUAUGGAAGAAAAAACAAAAUUAUCGAUGUGGGAAGUUGUAGUGAUUGGAUUCGGAAGUGGUACAAUAGUUGGUUUGGCUUGGGGGUACUACAUAUUGUCAGUGGGGAAGCCUUUUUGGCUUUUAAAAUUGUUGAACAAGAUGGAAUGGGCUUUACUUGAUUUUCAUGACCACCAUUUCAGUAGAAGAAGAAGAAGAAGAACAAGAAGAACAAAGAACUAAAAGUGAUUAUCUAUCUGAGAAACAUUUCUUUUGUCGCAAGACGUAUAGUAUGAUGGAAUGGGCCUUUUUGGGCUUUACUUGAAUUUGUAGCAUUUUCUUGUUCUUUUCACUGUACUUUAUUCAUAAUUAUAUUUUGUGAUAAUAGCAUUUGUUUUCCAUAAAAAA